GGAAAAACCAAACUAGGGAAUCGAAAGUAAACAACUUGAUCGGAAAGCUAGAUCUGGUAUAUAAAGUUGGGGAUUCAAGAUAUAAAGAGCCAGUGGUCUCUUGUCUCGGUUCAGUAAUUGUUCAAUUAUUAUAAUUCUCCCAACAUGAGAGCUGUCGUGGUAUUUGGAAUCGCCUUCUUGGCUACAUCGUGGGGAAUGUCAGUCCCAGAAAAUUCGCAAGCCCUGAAUACCAUCUCCAGAGGAUUCAGUCUAUUCGCUAAGGAAUUUCACACGAAAACCGUCAAAAACGUGAACGGUAAUUUGAUUAUGUCACCAAUUGGCAUCAGCAUGGUGACUUCAAUGGCGUUAUUCGGUGCAGAUGGUAAUACAAAAACCCAAAUAAAAAAAGCCUUGAAUUUACCCGAAGAUGAUUCCGUGGUGAAGGCAGGAAUAAAAUCAAUGAUGGAUCAGCACGAGACCGUGAAAAGCGUUCAAUUGAAAAUGGCCAACAGAAUUUUUACAACCACUGGCUUUGAAAUAAAACCAGAAUUCAAAGAAGUAACGGAAAAGACCUUUAACUCUGUGGUUCAAAAUUUGGAUUUUAAAAAACCGGAGGCAGUCGAAACGAUCAAUGCCUGGGCUGCAGAAAAGACAAACAACAAAAUUCAAAAUUUAAUAAAAUCAGAGGACAUCACAGACGCUUUGAUGGUACUUGCCAAUGCUGUGUACUUCAAGGGUAACUGGGCAGAGCCUUUCAACAAGAUGUGGACGAUGCAGAAAACAUUUCACAUCGAUGACAAAACGACUAAGUAUGUUCCAAUGAUGAAGAAGAUGGAUUAUUUGUUUUAUGGAGAAUUGCCUACUGUCAAAGCAAAAUUCGUGGAAUUACCCUAUGCGAAAACGAACGACGAGGACAGCUAUGCCAGCAUGUUCCUGAUUGUACCGAACGAAAUUAACGGUCUGAAGGAUGUGGAGGAGGGCCUAAAACCUCUGGGUUUGAAUGCCAUUCGUCAGAAGGGCAGCAUGCAGAACGUGAUACUUGAAAUACCAAAAUUUAAAAUGGAGAGCACCAUAGAUUUACAGGCUGUGAUGCAAGAGAUGGGAAUGACAGAUAUGUUCGAUGAUAGAGCGAAUUUCACUGGUAUCACUGAUUCCCCACCCCUAAAAAUUUCCAAAGCAAUGCAAAAAGCAAUGAUUGAAGUGAAUGAAGAGGGUACUGAGGCGGCAGCUGUUAGCAUAAUGAUACCAGUGCCAAUGUCAGCGCAGAUACCCGAACCUGAAUCAGUGACUCUGAUUGUUGACAGGCCUUUCUACUUUGGUAUUGCCCUGUUGAACAACCGCUCAGAAGAUGGCCAGGGGAAAACUAUUCUCUUCAGCGGUCGUGUUGUCGACCCCACGCAAAAUUACACCAGAUGUGUCUUACUCGCACCUAAGGGGAAAUAUUCGGGGGAAUACCCAGGUUUAUCACCGGGGACAAUAGAAAUUUAUCAGAUAAUUCCUCCCGAAGUGGUAAAAUCUCAUAAAAAAAAAUCCUGUGUUGUGUGUGCCACAAUUGUUAUGAAGUUAAAUGUCACUGAAGUUAAUGAUAAUCAUGAUUCCCACCUGAUGAACUUUAUCCUAUAUUGGUAUGAGAAACCCUGUAGACAGAGGAGAAUAAUAUUUCUUUUGACUGCUUAUCUCGGAAAAAAAAAAUUUCUCAGGGUCUGGGUGGGGAUUCCCAUGUCGAUUCAUACGAUAAAUACUCAGCGCUUGGAACACAGAAUAUUAAGUUAUUCUACUCUCAUCGCUCUUGGAGCUGUCUUUAUGACAUCAAAUUUCCAAGACACAGCAUCAGCAGCUGUGGAUACAAAAGACGCGAAUCUCCGAGCAGUAUCGACAUCGCUCAAUCUAUUUGCUGUUGAUUUUUUUAAAGCCAUAUCAAAAGAGAAGAGAUCAGAGAAUCUAAUCUGCUCACCAGUGAGUGUUUCAAUGGUAUUGUCAAUGGCAGCAUUUGGUGCUGGUGGUGCUACAGCAACAGAAAUGCGUGCAGGACUUCGUCUACCAGCGGACGACGCUGUAACGAAAAGUGGUUUUGAAACGCUAAUCGAUACCCUCAAUAAUGUCAAGAAAGUCAAGCUCCAAGUGGCCAACAAGAUCUACACUGCAAGUGGCUUUGAAAUAAAACCAGCCUUCCAGGAGGUGACAAAAAAUUCCUUCAAAUCCGCAGCAGAAAGUCUUGAUUUUGGAAAUACUGCUGCUGCCAGUGCAACAAUCAACAGCUGGUGUUCAGCCCAAACCAACGGCCUCAUCAAAGAAGUAGUCAAACCAGAUGACCUAGAUGGCGCUGCUCUCGUCCUCGUAAACGCUGUCUACUUCAAAGGACAAUGGAAGAACAAAUUUAAGGAGUCCCUCACACGCCCUAAACCAUUCUACAUAGACUCGAAAACAACAAAGGAUGUGCCCAUGAUGAACACACGUCACAGUUACAAUUAUGGAAUUCUACCAGCACUAGAUGCCCAGUUCGUAGAGCUACCUUAUGAACACGACGAUGAAAAGGAUGCUAUCAGCAUGUUCAUCAUCCUCCCCAACAGUGCUGAAGGAUUGGCAAAGGCUGAGGACAAUUUAAAUACUGUCAACUUCCAAGAUCUCCAUAACACCGGUCGCACCACUGACAUGUACCUCUACCUUCCCAAGUUUAAGACCGAGAGUUCAUUGAACUUGCAGGAAACGCUUCAAGAUAUGGGCUUGCGACGCAUGUUCUCGGACGCAGCGGACUUCACAAAAAUCACAAACAGUCCACCACUGAAAAUAAGCAAAGUCCUCCAGAAAGCUGUGAUAGAAGUCAACGAAGAGGGAAGUGAGGCAGCAGCUGUGACAGUAGGAAUAGCAGUUCCAUAUUCACUACCAGCACCACCGCUUCAGCCAAUAACAGUCGAUGUUAACAAACCUUUUGUCUAUGCGAUUGUUCAUGGAUCUACAAAUACUGUGCUCUUCCAAGGACACAUCACACUUCCCAACAAUUUGGUGUCUAAUUGUUCAAUGUUUGUAAUUAAACUGAAGUACAAUGAUAUUGGUAAAUGCACAUCAUUUGCAUUCAUUGUCAUAGCAGUCGUGGAUUCUGUAAACGAUGAAUCGAAUGAACCGAUCACAGUGGAAGUCAACAGACCCUUUGUCUAUGCAAUUGUCCACCAAUUGACCAGUACAAUCCUCUUCCAAGGACACAUCACACUCCCCGAAAAUUCGGUAAUAUUUGCAGAAUCUGCCCUCAUGCAACCCAUGGAACCAAAGUCGCUGAUCAUUAACAGGCCCUUUAUCUAUGCUAUUGUUCAUACUGAUGACAUAAAUAAGACCCUAACGCCUCUCGGUAUAGUAGCCGUGACUAGUGCACUUGGGCCACCGAUCCAGCCAUUGACAGUGGAAGUUAACAAGCCCUUUAUCUACGCCAUAGUUCAUGUCGGUAUCGUAGGCCUUGCGGCCUCCAUAGGGGAGAUUCCGAUUAUCCCAAUAACAGUGGAAGUUAAUAAGCCCUUCAUCUAUGCGAUAGUUCACAGAUCAACCGAUACUAUUCUCUUCCAAGGACAUGGAUUAUCUGCUGUAGUAAAAACUAGGCAUCGAAUCUUCUCCCAUCAAUAUCAAGUUAUUGACGUUUUACGAAAUUCAGAAAAUGUCAAACUGUCAAAAUCGACAUGUGCAUUUGACACAAUCGCAAAUAAUCGAAACAAGCAUUGUCGCGAUAUCGAUCCACUCCUGACGUCGUCGGCUUCGCCCAUCCGCAGCUUUAAGUCGAAAUUGCGCCGCAUUACACGUCGCGCCUUGCAGAUGAAAACACCCGACAUGUCAGACGAGAACGAAAACAUCGCAUUGCGAUCCAUUGCCACCAGCGUAAAUAGAUUUUCAACGAAUUUUUACAAGUCACUGACAGAGGGAGAAAGUGGAAAUGUUGUCUGUUCACCGGUUAGUGUUUCAAUGACCUUGUCCAUGGCUGUAUUCGGUGCCCAUGGUAACACCCAAAAUGAGUUGCAGUCUGUCCUCCAGCUGUCAGCUGACAGCUCAGCUGUCAGCAAAAAUAUCAGACUCCUGUUGGAUCGACUAACUAAUUUCGAAAAUGUCAAGUUGCACCUGGCAAACAAGAUAUUCACAGCAAGUGGCUUUGAAUUAAAAUCAGAAUUCAAAACCAUAACUGAGUCAUCAUUCAGAUCAGAUGUGCAGCCGGUUGAUUUUACCAAAUUAGACGAGAGCAGUAGAAUCAUCAAUAUGUGGUGUGAGAAAGAGACUGAAGGGCGCAUCAAGGACGUUGUUCAACCGAACGAUGUGCAGGACGCUUCCUUGAUUCUAGUCAACGCAAUUCACUUCAAAGGAAAAUGGAAUGAUCCAUUCCAAACUGAGGAUACCACACCCCAAUCAUUUUCCAUCAGUGAUACUGUUUCGAAGCAAGUUCCAAUGAUGUACACAAACACGAAUUUUAAUUACGGAGAUAUUCCUGAUCUUGACGCUCAGUACAUUGAACUUCCAUACGAGAGCAAGGACGAGAGCGACGCCACUAGCAUGUACAUAAUUCUUCCUGCAGAAGUCAGUGGACUGAAAAAAGUGGUGGAAAACCUGGAGAAAGUCGAUUUUUCCCAGCUUAAUGGACCUAGACAUAGAGUCAUGUUGAGUCUUCCAAAGUUCAAGCUUGAGAGCAAGCUGGAGGUCGCUGAGGUCCUUCAAAAGAUGGGAGUGAAAAUAGCAUUCACUGAUGCAGCUGACUUUACUGGAAUAACCGAUGCUCCACCGUUAAAAGUCAGUAAAGUCAUUCAGAAAGCAUUCAUUGAAGUGAAUGAAGAGGGUACAGAGGCUGGUGCUGUCUCAUAUAUGAAACUGACUCCAAUGUGUCUUCCACCGAGCAUUGUGGUAGACAGACCCUUUUUGUGUGCACUAGUUGCGAAAAACACGGGGAUACCCAUCUUCCUCGCUACCCUAGAUCAGACACCAAUAAUAGCAGUGCUUUGGAGGGAUAAAGUUUCUUAUCUCAGAAAUUGCACUCAUGCGUUGGAGUCACAACGGAGUCUUUCCAAUUGCUCAUCGAUCGUGGUUGUCCUUCUCCAGUUAAAUUCAACUGGAGCAUUCGCCAUGUCAACAUCGGAUAUUCCAGACGCUUUGCGAACUGUCACCACCGGUGCCAGAAAAUUUUCCUCCGAAUUUUACAAGGUAGUGGCAGAUAAUGACAAAAAAAACCUCAUCUGUUCACCUCUGAGUGUCUCCAUGGUAUUGUCAAUGUUGACUUAUGGAGCUCGAGAGAAGACAGAACGAGAAUUGAAAACAGUCCUGAAUUUUUCUGAUAACGAGACUAUAAAUAAAAGUGGAUAUCAAUUACUGAUUGACGCACUGAACUCAAUAAAAUCAGUUCAACUUAAACUUGCGAAUCGAAUAUUUGUGGACAAUAGUUUGAAGAUCAAUCAAGAAUUUCAAGAACUAACGGAGACUUAUUUUCGAUCAGCGUCUCAAAAUGUUGAUUUUAAAAACACUGUUGAAGCCAGCAAUACCAUCAAUAAUUGGUGUCAAGAAAAAACUAACGGUCGCAUCACAAACGUAGUUGAACCAGCGGGACUGAAUGGAGUCCAGCUUGUCCUGGUAAACGCUGUUUACUUCAAGGGCAAUUGGAAGAUGAAAUUCAGCCCUGCAUUGACAAAGCCAAGGCCCUUUCACAUUGAUGAAAACACAACCAAGGAAGUGCCGAUGAUGCAAAUAGAAAAACGUUAUCGAUUUUGUGAACUGUCAGAACUCAAUGCAACAUGUAUCGAACUUCCCUAUGAGCGUAACGAUGAAACAGAUGCCCUGAGCAUGAUAAUCAUUCUUCCACGUGAAAUCACUGGUCUGAAAGCGAUUGAAGAUCAACUAAACAACAUUAAUUUCUUAGAGCUACUCAAGGACAAAUUAUCCCUUCGCAAUAUAAACUUGCAACUACCAAAAUUCAAAAUUGAAAGUAACCUCAACUUGAAUCCUAUUCUUCAAAAAAUGGGAAUGUCAAACAUGUUUGACGCCAGUGCAAACUUCCAAGGUAUGACUGACACCCCCAUAUCAGUUAGUCACGUAAUUCAAAAGGCAUUUAUAGAAGUCAACGAGGAAGGGACUGAGGCUGCAGCGGUUUCAGCUGUUAUGAUGGUUCGAUGUGCAAUGCCUGUUCCAGCAAUGCCUGUUAUCAUUAACAGACCAUUUUUCUGUACAAUUGUUGCUACACACACCGCCACACCGUUAUUCUCCGCACGCGUAGUUGAUCCGACUGUCCAAAUUUAGCACUCAAACGAUCCAAGAAAAUUAAUAAUAAAAAAAGUUCCAAGAACAUGAACACCACGUGCUAAAAUCUCAGCGCUAUGAAAUUUAAUUUGAGGAACUUCCAUUUGUUGAAUAUUGUAGUGCCGAACAAAAUAUGCUUUUAGAAUAUUUUUUCAAUCAAUUUUUUGUGACAUAUGACUGAGUAAAUAAAUAUAUUCAUCUCAGAAA